UGAAAAGGCCAAUAAAUGACAGUCGCGUGGUGAACAAAGAAGACAUAACAUAAGGUUGCAGGUGCUGAAGGUGCAGAGAUGGAAAGUUUACAAAGUUUUUAUAUUCUUGUUUUAUUGGGAAAUAUUUUCCCCUCAGCUGUGAUAGCUGCAAGAGGUGUUGUACCGCUAGAUAGUUUAACUUUUGAUAAGGUUUGUAUCAGCAUAUUUGUUUUGAAAAUAUUUUGAAAAUGUAUAUAUUUUGACAACAGGUGUUGCAAUUUCAAACACUGUAUAAUGAAAAUAUAAAACAAUGUGUUGUCUAUGAACUAUUUACGACGGAUGAGACGGAUUUUUUUGUGAAAAUGCAUCAUCAAUGAAUCAUCAAUGAGAGUCUACCAGGGGGGUAGUGUUCCCUUGGAAAUUUUUCCCUUCCGCAAGCUUAAUAGAUGUUCCGUUGUUCGCUAUGAUCUUUUUGGCUUUGUUCCCAUUUCAAAAUAUGCAUUGUUCCCUAGAAACCCCUGGGAUAACUCCUCUAUUCUCUCUGAAUACAAGAGAAACUAUCUGCUACUAAUGAUUCACUAAUCCCCUAUUGAAAUUCUAAUUUAAUUAAUAUAAUAAUAAUAGUUUGUAUUCACAUGCUCUUUGCUAUAGGUGAUCAGAAACCACAAAGUAGUUUUAGUUAAAUUUGACAAGCAAUAUGCUUAUGGGGAGAAAGAAGAUGAAUUCAAGAAAUUUGCUGAGCAAGCGGCAACCCAAUCUGAUCUGUUGGUAGCGGAAGUCGGUGUUUCAGGUAGAAAAUAUUCCUUAGGACACAGAAAUCUGCCCAUACACCCUGUUAACCCUUUAAGUGGAAAUGCGCUCUACUUUAUUAUUUUACUCUGUCUAAUGCCAGACAAUUUUACUCAUCAGGAGGAAAGUGUUGCCACUCAAUGGGUUAAAUAUCACUUUAACAUCCCUCAUCAUGGUGGUUAAUUAUACUUACAUCUUUGUCACAUUAACUAGAAUAUGGUGAAAAAGAAAAUGACGACUUGCGCGAGAGAUUUGGAGUUAGCAAAGAUGAUUAUCCUGUGUUUAAGUUGUUUAAACAAGGUCAAAAAGAAGCAAUUGAUUACACUCAGAGUGUUACGAGCGAAGAUUUGGCAAGAUUUGUUCGUUUGGAGAGUGGCCUGUGGUUAGGUAAGGUGUUGUCAUUGUUUCUUGUGCACUCCAGAAAUUCAGGAACUGUCCAUUAAAUGUGAUUUAAUUUCUUAACUUUUAGGCAAGCCAAACACUUUGGAAAGCUUCGACAAACUUGUUGUGGAGUUCUUGAAAGCCGACCAGGACAAGUACGAUGAUUUUAUCGCCAAGGCUGAAGAAGCUAUGAACGUGGUCGAAGAGAAAGACCAACUGACUGCGAAAAUGUAUGUCAGCACGAUGAAGAAGAUCAAAGAAAAAGGAGUGGAAUUUGUGAGCAGCGAAACGGCAAGGGUUAACAAGCUCCUGAAUGAGAAAGUGAGCGAUGCUAAGAAGGCAAUGUUUAAAAGUCGUCUCGAUAUUUUGGCAUCGUUCACGGAUUAUCUGAAGAAAGACAAAGAUGAACUGUAGCGUGCAUCUAUUGCGGCAUCAUAAUUAGGAAAAUUUGCUAAAAAUUGCUAUAGAUUAUAAUUAAAUGCUUUUAGUCAAAUAGAAGAACACAUAUGCACCAUUCAUUCAUACUGCUAUAAGCUUGCACUAAAUUUAUGAAAAUUGUUUUUAUAACCCAUCUUUACCUAACAACCAAGACAUUUAUUUGUAUUUUUUUGUAUUUGUGGAAAACCCAUAAACACUCUAAUAAAAUAUUAGAACUUUUAAUAAAACAUUAGAACAUUUUGUAACUCAUACAACCAGAUCAUUUAUACAUGCUUUGCUUUAUGUAAAAUUUUGUAGAGGCUUUCAAAUAAAGUUUAAUUUAAACCAAUUUUAAAUUAGAAUUUAAUAAAAUUCUGUUACAGCAGGGUAUAUAAAUUAAAUUAAAUCAUUUCAUCACAACUUGUAUUUUGUAUAGCACCAUUAUAUUUCAAAAUUCACAUGUACAAUUUUAUCAUGUCACACCAACAUGAAUUCCACAACACAGAAUUCCUUAAGUAUUUAAACCCAAUAAUGUCAAUUCAGGUUUAUAAAACUGCUUGUUUUCAUAUAAACCAACAUGCAUAUCAAAACUUGAAUUAAAUUGAGCAACUUUGUUGAAAAUUCUAAAACUUGAAGAAACCUUUUCAGGAAAGUUAAAAUAUGAGUUCAGAGGUAUAUUUAUUGUAGAUAUUUUCAUGAAGAGAAAUCCAAAAUUUUAAAACAGUUAUAGAAUUAAAGUCUCAUUGAUCUGAAGGUGGGCUAUCAUCAGUCUUUUCAGGUGGAUUAUCUGAGGUUUCAGAUUUGCUCUCUGUCACAGUGUCUGGUUCCUUUUCUGUUUCCUCGACUUUCUCUUGCGGUUCUUCGGCGUUUGUUUCGGUGCUCGUUCCUUCUCCUGAACUUUCCUUUGGUUCAUCACCCUGUUCAUUUGGUUUUUCACUAUCGUCGUUUACUUUCAAACUCUCAAGUUCGUUAGCUAAUUUCUCACUCUCCACAUCGUUGGCAGGGUUUCCGACCUUCUCCUUGCAUUUAUCAAACACCUCCUUGAACUUUUUUGCAUCUAAAUAUGAAAUACAAUGGGUCAUUCCCAAAGAUCCAAGGGGGGGGGAUGUUUUUUCUGUAAGUGUAUUAGGAGCCCUGGUUUUAACUUCCAAU